AUUUUCAUUUCAUUUGCUGAGAGGAAAUCACAAAGCUUCCAUUGAGCAAAGAUGAGUUCGUUUUCUUUCAAACAGGUUCUUCUCGUUUUCUUCUGCUACAAGAUAUUACCAGGAGAGGCCACAUGGCACAAAUUAAAUUUUGGUCCUCCCGCUUGCUUUGAGGCCAGAAAUAAUCGUCCAGGUUACGUCACCUACCGAGGCUUGCAAGGCAUUCUGGUUGGUGCCUUGAAGCUUGUGCACAGGUCAGGCCACGUGCGAUGCGUCUCGGAUGUCGCUUUCAACAGUCGUUGGGGUUGCCAUGAUUACAGUUCUCUCAAGGCGAGCCCACUGAAUGUGGUUAUCACUGAUAAGCAGAACAACCUGAUCUUUCCGCUGCCGCAGUUUAUCAAAUAUGCAGCAAGUUUAUGGUACGACAUGCCAGUGGUAGAUGACUUGCACUCUGACGAGCUCGUGUUCUCCAACUUCGAUUUCCCGUUGUAUCUCCAGCCACAUAUGGAGCUCCGCGUUUGGUACGGCGAAGAUCUGAAGAAUAGGUAUGACGGAGAUAACCAGGGAAGGGUGUGUGUGGACGUGUUUGGUUACGUCAUUGGAGACAUUGGAGGCGGUCAAGGAGGGUCUUCGGGAGGAGGAGGGAACUCGCGAGCGCAGGUCCUGUUGAAAGAUCUGAGACAGAGCCUGGGGCACGUUAUGCAGAACAACUGGAAGUAAACAGAAUGAGCUCGACAAAGAUACGCAAAGUGACAUCAUACGUCGUGCGAACCUUUGCUUUAGAUGCUGAUUUGAA